AUGGCUCCUGCUGCUUCCAAGCCCGUGGCUGAGACCACCGCAACCUCGUCUUCGGCUGUCGCCGCUACCGUUCCGGCCAACGACAAUGUCGCCCACGCCAUCGCUGGUGCUGGCGGUGGCAUCCUGGCCACUGUCCUGACCUACCCGCUCAUCACCCUCUCGACGCGUGCGCAGGUCGAGUCGCGCCGCGCCGACUCGUCGUUCCUCAAGGCUGUUGAGGGCAUCGUGGCCCGCGAGGGCGUCGCCGGCCUGUACGCCGGCCUCGACUCGGCCGUCUUCGGCAUCGGCAUCACCAACUUUGUCUACUACUACUGGUACGAGUGGACCCGCGCCGUGUUUGAGCGCCGCGCGGCCGGUGUUGCUGGCCGUGUUGCGGGCCAGCUGACCACGCUCGAGUCCAUGCUGGCCGGCGCCCUGGCCGGCUCCGCGACCGUCAUCCUGACCAACCCCAUCUGGGUGGUCAACACGCGCAUGACGACGCGCCAGCGGGCUGUGGAGGCGGAUGUGGAGGCCGGAAGCGCGUCCAAGCAGGCAAAGGCCGCGAAGAAGCCGUCGACGAUCGGCACCCUGCUUGCGCUGCUGCGCGAAGAGGGCCCCCGCGCGCUGUUUGCCGGCGUCGUGCCCGCGCUGGUGCUUGUCAUCAACCCCAUCCUGCAGUACACGCUGUUUGAGCAGCUCAAGAACGCUGUCCAGAAGCGGCGGCCGGUGACGCCCGGCGUUGCCUUUGUGCUGGGCGCCCUGGGCAAGCUCUUUGCGACGAGCAUCACCUACCCCUACAUCACCGUCAAGAGCCGCAUGCACGUCGCCAAGGAGCGCCAGGAGGGCGGCGUGACGGCGUCGCUGCGUCGUGUCAUCAAGGACGAGGGCUAUGCCGGUCUCUACAAGGGCAUUGGCCCCAAGAUCACGCAAAGCGUUCUGACCGCCGCGUUCCUAUUCGCCCUCAAGGACGUCCUCUACAACCAGACCGUGCUGCUGCGGUCGAAGACCAAGGCGAUCCGGGCGUAA